GCUGAUGUGGUGUCUGGUUGCUGAGAACUAGAGUUGGGUACACGUCUGCCUCGUUUCUUGACUGGCAUGUGCUGUGUACGUGUAUGCACGCACGCCUCAUCCCACAUGGGCAAAUUGAGAUAGCAACCAAUCACCAGAUGGCGUAUUGUUUGAAUUUAUACUGUUGACCGAUAAUCCACGCUAAUAGUCCAUACAUACCCUACCCUGUACGGGUGUUUUUCUGCUCGUUAUGUAAUUCUACUUCCUCUCUCUCUUUUGUUGUCAACCGGACAACCUGACGUCAUCACCAGCACCGAGGGGGGUGUGAGUGAGCAGCUCGCGGCGGCUGCUGCUUCAAGACCAGCAAAACGGACGAGAAACAAACCGCAGCGGUGCUUUAGCUUAGCUUGCCGCUCUCUGAAAAACAGGGCAGGUCUGAAUGUGUGAAGUUAAGGUAGUGCGCCUUCUGCACUGACUUGAGCCUUUUAAGAAACCCGUCCUGCUCACCAGGCACAACCAUGUCCGACGCUGCUAACACUACAGAAAACAACGGAGACUCUGGGCUAAACGGGUCCUGGGUGGAGUUGGAGAUGAACCGAGGCACAGUCGCAUCAGUCCAGUUGUCCUCCACAGACGGCCCGGCCCCAGGCCUGCUGCCCCUCCCUCAGGUGGAGGAAGAGGAAGCGGAAGCCAUGGUUGGGGGGCUGGAGCACGUUCCGUCAUCAUCCUCGAUCCACAACGGAGACAUGGAGAAGAUCCUGCUGGACGCCCAGCACGAAUCAAGCCGCAGCAACUCCUCCUGUGACAGCCCUCCGCGGCCCCACAGUCCCCAGGAUGACGGACAGAUCAUCUUUGACGUGGACGUGACUGGCAGAAGAGACAGUCAAUCAGAAGAAGACGUCUUGGACAAGGAGAGGGACAUGGACAUCCUGAUGAAGGACGCAGAUUGGGUUGCUGACUGGUCUAGUCGACCGGAAAACAUUCCCCCCAAGGAGUUUCACUUCCGUCACCCUCGACGCUCUGUAACACUCAGCAUGAGGAAGACCGGGGCCAUGAAGAAAGGAGGCAUCUUCUCCGCAGAGUUCCUCAAAGUCUUCAUCCCCUCGCUGCUACUAUCACACGUCCUGGCUCUGGGGCUGGGAGUCUACAUUGGAAAGAGGUUGAUCACACCACCUGCCAGCUCUUUCUGAACCUGGAACUGAAGAAAAGUGCCUGAGAAAGUGUUGCUGUCAUGAGAAGAACGCCCUCCUCUCCUCCCUCUGUCCCGCCUGCCCCCCCCCCUCCUCGUCCCUGAGAUAUGACUUGUUCUCAGAUGAAAUGCAUCUACCUUUUCCUCUCUCUCUCCUCCUUCCCUCCCCUUUUUUUCUUGAUUGCUGUUCUCUGACUAUCUGUAGAUAUUCCCUCUCUCCCUCCUCAUAACCUUCACUCAUUUGUAUAAGCUUUUCAAAGGAUGAAUAAGGUCAUAUUUCCUGUUCCCCAGCGAUUGGGUUUGAUUGUUUAUUACGGGUGGGUUUUCAGGGAGGGUCACAGCAUCAAACCAAACUCUUCUACUUCAUACGUUAUCCCAGUGCCCUUUGAUCAUCUGAUAACAAGGGAGGGCUGUCCAGUUUUAGUUUAGUUUUAACUGACCACAGAUUGUGCCACCUACGUGAGUAGCCCAACACUCGAUCUCGAAAGAGUUCGACCAGAUUCAGAGUCAGCUACGCAAACUGAAAAAGUGUUCAUGCCUUUUUUGAAAGAAGCCAUUUUGUUUACUUUCCAUACGCUACAUAGCUUAAAAAAUAUAUAUAAUUUUACAACAGCGGUGAUUAAGUAGUUUUGAUGAAAGGAGUUUCAAUAGUGGCCAUCAUGAAUUGCACCGGGGGAGUCUCUGGCUCUGUCGAGAGACGAGAGAGAGAUUUAUGGGACAUUUCUUCACCUUUUCUGUGAUGAAAACGAGAAAUUAAAAUCAUUUGAAAUCUGCAUCUGAAUGAAUAUUUUUGCAAAGUUACAGUAACAGGAAACCAGGGUGUAGAAGUGUGUUGUGCGGGCAGGCAGUGUGGCCCUCUCAGUGUGUACACCAACAGUAUUUUGUGGUUGGGUCUCGGGUAACGGCGAUGUACGGCCCAGAAAGGUUCAGUCUUCUGUCCAUACGGUCUGUGUCGGCUGGUUUGGUCCUGACCUGUCAGUUCCCACUUUUAUUCCAGAUUGGGCUGGAUAUGACAUGGUACUCUGCUGAUUUGUUUCUAAUUUUUGUGGAUUUUAAGUGAUUCAAAAAGGUAUCAAAAAAGUGAGAUUUGAAUUAAAGAGAACCUGAUAUAUUGACA